CAGACCAAAUUCUUCAUCCAUAUCGUCUUGUUCCUUCCCGAAUCCUCGGUCUUUCUUACUUCUCAAACCGUCGACUGUAAAAGAGAGCCAUGCCUUGAGGGAGAACAGAGAGGUUACCAAGAGAAAAUCGUGCGGCAAUUCGUCUACACAUCUGGUGACGAUGGCUUUAAGCCAUGCUCGACGUGAGGAGCGGCUGAGAAACGAGUAGGUGUUAGAUAUAAAGCAUAUUCCCACCUCAUCAACCCCAAUAGCAUCAUCAUGAUAAGCAUCAAGCAACUAGCUGAAACACGUGGCGACCUCACCUCCAUCCCCACCGCUUACAACUUCUUUACUCCCAAUAACGACAUCCAUCUACCAGUAGUUUCGGAUGAAUUAUAUGAGGAUUCCAUCCCUACCAUCGACUUCUCUCUCCUUACCUCCGGUACCCCCGAACAACGGUCCAAGAUCGUCAAUGACCUUGGCAAAGCCUGUCGAGACUGGGGCUUUUUCGUGGUGAUCAAUCAUGGUGUGCCGGAGAGCCUGAUGAAGGUGAUGAUUGAGACUUGCGGAGAAUUUUUCAAAUUGUCGGAGGAGGAGAAGCAGGAAUAUGCAGGGAAGGACAUUUUGGACCCAAUCUUUUAUGGCACCAGCAUUAAUGGUGCAGCGACCCAAGUGUUAUUUUGGAGGGAUUUUAUCAAGUUUUUUGUUCAUCCUAAGUUUCACUGUCCGACCAAACCCACUGGACUUGGGGAGAUUUCAAUGGAGUACUGCAAAAGAACGGGGGAAGUAGCUAGAGAGUUGAUGAAAGGAAUAUCAGUGAGCUUGGGGUUAGAAGAAGGCUACAUAGAAAAGGCCAUGAAUUUGGAUUCAGGUUUACAGUUUGUGGCUGCAAACCUGUAUCCGCCAUGUCCAAAGCCAGACGUAGCAAUUGGCUUACCUCCUCACUCAGAUUACGGCCUCUUGACUCUUCUUAUCCAUAAUGGGGUAUGCGGUCUUCAGGUGCAGCAUAAAGGGAAUUGGGUCAACUUAAAUCCCAAUCCCAAUGCAUUCGUGGUUAACAUUGGCAAUCAUAUGGAGAUAUUGAGUAAAGGCAAGUACAAGAGUGUUUUCCAUCGGGCACUUGUGAAUGAAACAGAUGCAAGAAUGUCGAUACUUGUGGUGCAUGGACCAGCACUGGAAACUGUUGUCAGCCCAGCACCCGAGUUGGUUGACAAUGAAACCAAUCCUCCAGCAUUCGCGGGAAUGAAGUAUAGAGAAUACCUGGAAAUGCUGCAGAGCAAAAUACAUGCGAGAUUGUCUCCCAAGUAAUUAAUUAAAUAAUAUUAUUGCUUUUGUAUUAGGAUUUUCUGGAUAAUUCAAGCUUAAUUUGUCGUUUUUCAUGUCUAUCUAUCGAUAUUAAUUUAUCAAAAAUUUUAUGUACAGUUACUUUUCAUACUGUUUAUGUAUUUCACUGAUAUGAUUGGUUUUAAUAUUUUUUUAAUAUAAAGUAAUUUAUUUGACUAAUCAUACCAAUAGAGUACAUACAUGGUACGUAAAAAUGACUGUAUUGAACAUAAUUCUUACUUUAUAUGUUAUAUUUAGUUGAUAUUACCAAUUCCAAUUGAAUUGUA